UUCCGCAGCUGUGUCUUUUUUUCUGUGAUACUGUUCCCAUCGAUGUGAAUCAAAAAUGAGUUGAACUGAUGCUACUGUCAUGUUUUCUCGGCGGAUGCUUCUGCGCCAUGCAGAUCAAGACUUCUUGGUAAUCAAGAACGCAAUACUCUCUCGGACUAGACUCCAAGGAGAUCUCUAUGAAGAUCGUGAUGAAACGUUAGUUUUGCCUGCAACGUUUUGAGCGACGUGCACUUGGGCGGAAACAGAUAAGUAUUAUUUCCGCGGGAAGGAAUUUGAAGCAGGUGACUGAAAACGUGAGCAAGAUCUGUUUCGGGGAGUUGACGAAUGAAUGGUUUUUUAAAAGUUGUUCCGUAUUAUAUUCUUCAUUUAUGUAUGCAUUGCAGUUAUUUACUGAGAGGAAUAUCUGCUGGUUGAUGAAAUUUGGUUUGGUGGAAAGGCCCACGAGCGAUGUUAUCCUUUCGUGGAUUAGGGAUAGACUCGUGCUUUAGCUUGUGAAGUAGCGUGCAGAUCAACGCCAAUGUUCGGAGGCUACACAAGCUAGAGAGGAUGACUUGAAGGGGCGUUUUCACGCAUUAAAAAAAACCGUGGUUCGGUGGUCAGGUUUUCCUUUUUUGUUGAAUUUAUGAGGAUAUUGUGAAGAGAUUGCGCAUAACAUCAACCAUGGCGCCCUUUUAAUAUGUUCAUUUGUUUCACGCAGAAAGGCAUCCGAGGAAGCUCUAAAUGUAUAACAAUUUGUGUGGAAUAUUUUUGGCGUGCUGUCGAGUCAACGCUAUUGUUCCGUUUAGCACGUCCGUAUCUUCAAGGAUGACAUCAAACAAUUACAAAACUGCAAAAACGAUUUACGAUUUUUCCGCAAACGCCAUCAACGGUGGUGGACUGGUACAGUUGGAAAAGUACAGGGGAAAAGUAUGUCUAAUUGUGAACGUCGCCACCAAGUGUGGGUUGACGAAUGUCGACUACACUCAACUGGUCGAACUUCACAAGAAGUACGUUGAUCAAGGUUUCAGUGUCCUUGCGUUUCCUUGCAAUCAAUUCCUGAGCCAGGAACCCGGGACUGAAGCGGAUAUUGUGAAAUUUGUUCAAGGGUUCGGUGUAGAGUUCGAUAUGUUUGAAAAGAUCGAUGUGAACGGAGAUAGCGCUCAUCCAUUAUGGAAGUGGCUCAAAGAGCAGAAAGGAGGGUUUCUCGGAAGUGCGUCUGUGAACUCCGUGAUGGCGUCGAACGAUUACAAAACCGCGAAAACUAUUUACGACUUUUCCGCGGACGCCAUCAAUGGCGGUGGACUCGUGCAGUUGGAGAAGUACAGGGGAAAGGUUUGUCUGAUCGUGAACGUCGCCACCAAGUGA